AUGUUUACUUCCAUUGUAAGUAAUGUAUUUGGAUUCAAAGCCUUGCGCGCUCUACGUCUGGAAGAUCUGCGAGUCCCUCCUGCUUAUAUUAAAACUUUUCAAGGUCCGUCUCAUGGGAUUCAGGUUGAAAGAGAUAAAUUGAACAAGUACAGUCGUCCUCUGUUGGGAUGUACUAUUAAACCUAAAUUGGGGUUAUCUGCUAAAAACUACGGUAGAGCUGUUUAUGAAUGUCUUCGCGGCGGACUUGAUUUUACCCAAGAUGAUGAGAACGUGAACUCACAACCAUUUAUACGUUGGAGAGAUCGUUUCUUUUUUUCCCCCAUUAAAUUGUUAGAUUCUAAACUUUCGUGUGACCAAGAUGGAGAAAAAGAAUUUUAUUAUCCAGGCUUCUAG